AAGGAGAUUGCCACGGGGCAGGUCCCUUUUGUGGUAUCGUGUGCCUGAAUGGAAUAAUAACCUAAAAAUAUUGUUUAUUUUUUUGUUUCCAAAUUAUUUUUUAUACAAUUUCUUUCACCCUGGGAAUAAAGUUAAAAUUAAUUAAUAGUUAAACAUUACGUCGACAUCCGUUUGAUUGGUAAACAAAAAAAAGUUGCCAGAUAUCAAAUAACUAUUGAAAAUUACGUAUUUUAAUCAAUAGAGUAAUCGAUAUCAAAACAAAACAGUUAUUAAAAAUAAAAAAAUACAAUUAUUUUUAAUUAUUAUUCUAACUAUAUUCAUGAUAAGUCUAUAUUGUUGAACAGAUAAGAUAAGAUAGAUAAGAUAAGAGCGAUUUUAAAUUAAAAUAAAAGCCUUACGUAAUUUAAAAACUUAAAUCGAUUUAUUAAUGAUUAAAUAUAAUUGCUCUGGCAACAUUUACUUGCGCAUGUCACAUCACUUUGACGUUCGUUCGUUGUGUGUUCGUGAUUGCUUUGUAUAAUACGUUGAGUUUUGAAUUCCGUAUUUACUUAGUUAUUAUUUACGAUACGUGCCUUUCUGCUACCACCGAGUUGAGCUAAUAAGUUCCUCGCGUACUUACUUUAUGUUUUGUGAGAUAAUUGACUCCUCUUUGUGAGAUAUUGACUCUAAGUGCUUGACUCUUGUUUGUGCUGUUCUUUGUGAGAUAAAGUGCUAUUCUUGGAGAACAAUUUGACUCUUAGUGAAAUCCUUGUGUGAUAUUGAACUCCCGAACUGUUUUUGUCAGAACUAUGUCUACCCCAGCCAGAAGUCGGGCACACCGCCUGUCUUACCGACGCUGUAUUAACUGUUCCCUUUACUAGCGUCUAAUUUACGCCGGUAUACAGUUGAGGAGUUGAACGAGCAAAUGACAGUUCUUCUACGAACUUGGACAACGCCUACACCUGUAACGUCAGAUGAUAUCCUAUGUAUUGAAUGUUAUUUGCUGUUGCAAGAAAGGAUAUUGUCAAAUAUAACUGGAUCCCACGAGGAUAUAUCACCUGCAUAUGGUCACUUAAAUGUUUGUUAUGGAUGUGGUAUCUCUGUUGCAAGUCGGAGAACCCACAGAGUUGAGUUAGACUGUCCACAACGUAGCAUGAUUUUAAGAUGGACUUUAGCACAUCUGGUUCCACAUUUACAAAAAGUGUGCAUUCCUUGCUGGUUAGCAGCAACUCGGGAGACGAGACGUUUGGAGGUUCAAGAUUCAAACAGACCUGCAAGGGUCAUGGAUGCAGCUCUAUCUUCAUUAGAAGACCCCGAGAUACCUGAACCACCUCCAAUGCCAGCUCCAACAUCUCAACCACAACAAGCAUUACGAGUUCAAUCUAAGAUUAACUCACAAAGUAUAAACGAGUUGCUGCAGCUUCGUCACUGCAACAAAGGUCAACGGCCCAUCGCAUCAGGAUUUGUUUUAUCAGUCACCUCCUAA